CGGAUCCGACGACACUGUUUUUCUGCCGCCGCUCACUGUUCGUCCUCCGACUGGCUGGUGUAAACUUUCGGUUUUAUUUUUUUUCCCCGGUUUUUUUUUCCUCAACGGUUUUUUUUGCCGCCGCACACCGGACCCGUUGAAAACCUCUCGUCACUCGCGCGAGCGCAACGUUACAGUUACACUGUGCAAUUACACCGUACCCGUCGUACACCGUCGUCGACGAAUCCGUACCGGCCGUGUCGUUUGUGCCCGCACAACGACAACAAUACGUUCCAGUCUCGAUCGACGCCGUCCCGUUGUAAGAACACACCACCACCGCCUUAGCGAAAAUGGCUGGUGGUAAAGCAGGUAAAGACUCCGGAAAAUCCAAGGCGAAAGCAGUGUCCAGGUCCGCCAGGGCAGGCUUACAAUUUCCAGUGGGAAGAAUUCAUCGUCAUUUGAAAAAUCGCACUACAAGUCAUGGUCGUGUUGGAGCUACAGCGGCUGUUUACAGUGCUGCCAUUUUAGAAUAUUUGACUGCUGAAGUACUCGAAUUGGCUGGUAAUGCGUCAAAGGAUUUAAAAGUGAAACGUAUUACACCACGUCAUUUGCAACUUGCCAUCAGAGGAGAUGAAGAAUUAGAUACUCUCAUCAGAGCUACAAUUGCAGGAGGAGGUGUUAUCCCUCAUAUCCACAAAUCCCUCAUCGGCAAAAAGGGAUCUCAAAAACCACAGUAAAAUUCCACCUGCCAUACAAGACUUUAAUUAAAUGUAAAACAUUAUUUGUAAUUUGUAAGCUGUAUAAUUUGAUUUUAUUCAUUUACCAUUUAUUAUUUGUCUUAUUUCAAUAAUUAAUUUUAUACCUCAUAUAUUAUAAAAUGAUUCCAUUUGCUACUUUUAUGCGAGUGUAGGAGGUAUAAAACUUCUUAUAGUAAAGACUAAUUAUAUUAAGACAAAGUAAACUUCGAUUUUUUUUUUUUUGUAAUAUCAAUUUUUCAAUUUUUUCACUAAAGUUAUAUCAAUCGAAAAUUGUUUUAAAUUAUGUUUCCAAUCGAAAAUUUCUUCGAUUACGUAAAAUCUAAAAUGUACAAUAUUUUGUUGUAUUAUUCACAUAUAAGAUAAAAAAAAAAAAACAUAAAAAUAAAUGCAUUUCUUUUUAUAA